AUGGCGAGGAAACGGAUUGUAGCCCUAACAUGGUUCAAGAAUUCUUUCCUGCCCUUUGCUCUGUAUAUUCUACUGCAUAAAUGCCAAUCAACGACAACUGACAUGGGAGACAGCCUUCCAGUAGGGACUUCCCUCGUCGGAAAUCAGACUUUGGUCUCGAAGAAUGGCACCUUUGCAUUUGGAUUUUUCAGUCCCCAAAAAACCAAUAACUGGUAUAUUGGCAUCUGCUAUGCCAAAGUGUCGGAGAAAACAUUUGUAUGGGUAGCUAACCGCGAAAAUCCUGUGAGAAACAUUCCCGGCGUUUUAAAUUUAUCAAGAGAUGGUUAUCUUCGACUCUUGAAGGCGUCUCGGGCAUCUUUGUUGGAAUCAGGUAAUUUGGUUAUGCUCAGAACACGGGCCGGGAAAGUUUGGGAAAGUUUCCAAGAUCCGGUGGAUACAUGGCUGCCAGGGACGAAGAUUCGGAAAGGAAUGAAACUCACUUCUUGGAAGAGCUCUUCUGAUCCGGCACCUGGGCCUUUCUAUUUACAAAUGGAUCCUUCACCAGCAAGCACUCAGUUUUUGGUGUUCUCUCACAACACUGGUCCGUACUGGUCUAGCGGAGAGUGGAACGGAAAAUAUUUCGCAAAUAUGCCAGGAAUUGCCUCGGCAGGCUCCCAUGUUAAAAUAGUGUGUGUAACGCUUCCUCCUUCAAGAAUGUACUGCACAUAUACAACCAAGGGUAUGAUAAUGGAACGCUUAAUUUUGAAAAAGAAUGGUGAACUUUGGGGGUACUAUAUGAUACAAAAUGGUGGGUGGAUGCUGGAUGCGUUCGGACCCAGGGAUCAAUGCAUUGUUUAUGGUGUGUGUGGGGCUAACGCAGUAUGCAUUGACUAUACACAGCUGAAUGCUCAUGUCACAGGCAAUGCCAAUGACACCUGUACAUGUCUACAGGGGUUCAGGCCCCAAAACAGCCAUGCUUGGGAUUCUCAAGAGUGGUGGUUAAGUGGUUGUGUUCGGCGAAGUCCAUUGCAGUGCUCUCUCUCAAAUUCUACCGACGGUUUUUUGGAAGUGAAGGACAAGAUUUUGGCCGACGAUGAAGCGGCUGCAUAUAGCAAGGAUCAAACUCUGAGUGGAUGCCAACUUGCCUGCCUCAACAACUGCUCAUGCAUGGCCUUUUGGUUCAGUAGCUCAUCUCUUCCUGUGUGUCGAUUGCGGUUUGGGGAUCUGAUGAACGUGCGCGAUUCCCCCGGCGGUCAGUCAUUCUAUCUCCGUUUGGCAGCUUCUGAGUUACAAGGUUCGACAUCUAAGCCAAGAAAUAAAUCCUUUGGCCUUCACAUUUUGCUUCCUGGGGGCGCUGCGGGUCUUGUUCUUGUUCUUGUUCUUGUUCUGGCCGUGUUUAUUAUGUGGAAACGUGGAAGAAUGGUAAAGGAGGAUGAGGUCCCCACAUCUCUCAGAGCAUUCACUUUCCGAAAGUUGCGAGUUGCAACUAAGAAUUUUAGGCAUAAGCUGGGAAGAGGAUCAUUCGGCUCGGUGUUCAAAGGUACUCUAGCAGACAAAACUCUCAUUGCUGUCAAAAAGUUAGAGGGUUUAGCAGGAACAGAAAAGCAAUUUCGUGCAGAAAUUAGUACCAUUAGUGCAAUACAACAUGUGAAUCUGGUCAGGCUGUUCGGAUUUUGUGCGGAGGAAUCUCGAAGGCUACUCGUUUAUGAGUACAUGCCCAACGCCUCUCUUGAUUCCUUUCUGCUCCGUGGGAAAGAAGAUCGCCUCAUUCACUGUGAUAUUAAGCCAGAAAACAUUCUCCUUGAUGCCGAUUUUUGUCCCAAAGUAGCUGAUUUUGGUCUGGCAAAGUUAGUAGGUAGAAAUUUCAGCCGCGUCCUGACUACCACGAGAGGAACGAUAGAUUAUUUGGCUCCAGAAUGGAUCUCCGGUAUUCCCAUCACUCCCAAGGCGGACGUGUAUAGUUUUGGCAUGACAUUGCUGGAGAUUAUUUCAGGACGAAGGAAUGUGGACCUCACUGUGCCCCAGCCUAGCUCCUAUUUCUUCCCUCUCUGCGCUGUCGAUCAAUUCCAUAAAGGAAACCUGAUGGCUAUUGUUGAUGGAGGGAUAUCAGGUGAGGCAGAUGCUGAAGAGGUGAGAAGGACUGUUACAGCGAGCAUAUUACGCAUUCAAAGAGAUGAAGUGGUUAGGCCAACAAUGGCUCAAGUCGUGCAAUUACUCCAAGGGACAGUGGAGACCACCGCACCUCAAUUUCAGCUGUCUGUCGAUAGUCUUCGAGAUCACCCUUUAUGCGAGGAAGAUGGCCUUCAUAUUCAACUGAAGAGGAACCUGCAGUCAUAUGGAAGCCAAAAAACCAACUAUGCUCUGCAGAAAGGUGAAUACAGAGCAUAUGGAAAUCAAAGACCUACAUGGAACGAAAGGAGAAAUCUCCCUACAGGAGAAAAAGGUCAACCAGUUUUGGUUGGUAGUCAUAGUAACAUGACUAGAAGGAGAUGGUCAAACUGGUAUGUCAAGAGAUCUCCCAAGCAUGAUGUUGGGAUGGAUGUUGUGCUCUACUAUAGCACUACUUCUAGCUGUGAUGGAGAAUUAGGAAAUGGAAAGACCCAUCAACAGAAGAAGGAAAGACUUGCUCCCAUCCUUGGAAAUGAGAAGAUUGAGACCAAGAAGGUAUGGAGGAAGAAGACCAUGGACCAAUACUGUGCACUCAUUGCACAGUAUGUGCAAACUGUUACCAGCAUGAAUGGUAACAAAUACUUACAGGUUAUGAAAGACAAUGAGGAUCAUGUCAUAGGCUGUGGUGGAUACAAUGGAGCUGAAGGAUCAUCAGAUGACCAUAUAUGCAAAGCUAAACUAGUAUAUGAAGGAAAUAGAAGUCUCGAUAUUGUACUUGAUCGAAGAUAA